AUGACAGACGAAGAGUCAUCGUGGGACAGGCCAUUGCUAUCCGGUCGAACCAAGAGCAUCGAUGAAGAAAGUCAUGGCUCGAGCGACGGACGGACGAAUGACUGGGCAUAUUCAAAAGUCACAACAGAUCCGCGAGAUCAAUACAAAGCGGGGCUCAAGCCAGUUCCCCACAACGACAAACAGCAGUUGAGGCCCGAAUUGUCAGACGUGGAAGGAUCCAAGAUCUCCAAGCCCAUCAUCCGAACCGAAUGGUCACGCUAUUUCAACGGAUGGUUCGUCCACCUGCCUGCCAUACUGGUGACAACAGCGGUCCUACUCAUUGGUUCCAUCAAAUUCUACUGGUAUCCCGAGAUAGGCCCAAUCGUGAGCGGCUAUCGGUUGGACACCGACAUCAUCAGCAACGUGCUUCAAUUCGUAGCCAAGUUGCAUGAGCUUCUCAUCGUGGCAUCGUUAUCUUCUAUUGCUCUCGCAAUUUAUAGAAGGCGUCUCAUCACAAGCGGUGUCCGGUUAGGGUUUCUCACAGGAGGGUACCGAGUCGGCGAUCUCAACUAUCUGAGAACUGCUGCAUUCCGCCGCCAAGGUCUCAAUACUUCGAAGCCAUGGGAGAUGCUCCUUCCCGGGUUCCUGGUAUUCGCCACCAUACUUUCGACCAUCGUUGGACCGGCAUCUGCCGUCUUACUCCUACCUAGUCUGGGCUGGUAUGACUUCGACACAAGUUCAGCAUUCAGUAAAAUAGAGCCACCUUUGCUGUACUGGUGGACUCGGGGCAGCAUAUGGUUCAAGUCUCCUUUCAGCAAUUUCAAGGAAUGUGAAGGAGCUGCAGGGGUAUAUCAAGAUUACUGUACAGCUGGUGGGUUUCCCGAAAUCUCCAGCUGGGUACGGGACUACGCCGCGACGGACCUAACCAACAAUCUCACAUUUCAUUCUACAUCAUCGGAGAUCAGGCGUCAUUUGGUAUUCACGCAGGCCAACGAGAAACCGAACACUGCCUCGACUACGCUCGCCACCACCCCGUCGCAUUUUCUCAUGACGAGUAUCGGCCUUUUCAAUCAAUUCAUUGAAAACUCCGACGUUGGUGGCCUCUCCAGCGAGCCUCGCUAUCGGCUUACAGCCGGAGGAGGCGCCAAUGUCAACUCCCCUUCGGGAGAAGGACCAGGGCUGUAUCAACCAUUUGUGCAGUCUAGAUGUACGAUACACGAUAAAGGCUACUUGCUGAACACUCCAGGGUCUGUCCACUUUCCAUCCGAGUUUCUCAAUUGCUUCAACGAUACAGAAUGUCUCCAGUCCCAAGAAAAUCCUAGGCAGUUCAAUGAGAAGGACUGGCUAGACAACCCAGAACUAGACAAAGUUUCGGCGUCAAGCACGUUCUUUCUGGACAAACAAAACUCAACUGUUGUGUACAUGAACGGAAUAAUCCCCGACGCCACGCUUGGGAAAGCAAAAAACUUGGUCUACAUUUGUAGCUUGCUUGCAAGCUGGGCGCCAUCCAACUUCUCGAUCGACCCAAGCGUCAGUGACACGCUCCAUUCAUCAUUGAGCGACGACAAAAGCAUGAGAGAGAUGUACCGCAACGGUACCCACAAAGAUGUCCGUGUCAUAAGAUUCUACAGGGAGUGGUUUAAAUAUCUCAACCCGCACUGGAAUACGUCAACUACAGCCCGUGCCUCGGGUAUCGGACAAAUCGUUGGAAGCUUUUCCUCAAAGGAGAACCAGAACGGGAAAUAUGUGGACGUCUUGGCCCCAGUCGAUGGUACCAAUAACACAGCGGCAGAAACAUUCCUUGCCAAAGUCUUUGGAGUUUACCUUGUCGAGGGCCUAGCAAGGAAUAAUCUGGAACAGAGGACCCGAGUCAAGCUGAACAGUACUGAGACUGAGCUGUAUUAUCUAGACUUGAACGAACAACAUGGGUACCAAGGCGGUAUUCACAAGAUCACUCCUUUUAACAAUACCCAUCUCCAGGAUGAGUGGAGGGACAUCAAGAGCCAACGAAACCAAACCUUUGCGGACUUCAAGGCAGUGCUUGACACAGCUUUGCCAAUCAAUUUUACCGCGGAACGCUACGGAUACGGAUCUGGUCAAAGCCGCCGAACGUUGGACUUUGCCCAGGUGAUGAUGUAUAUUUACCUCGGCACCAUCGCUGUCUACGCCGCAAUAGUGGGAAUCGGAUACGUGCUGGAGCUUUUGAAGGUCAAAUCAGGUGGAGAGCGAAUGCGGGUUCUGAGCGUGAUACCGUGGUCAGACCUGCAGGACUUGAUCAUACUGGCACUCAAGACACCGCCUCCAACCGAUGAGGAUCUGACGGAUGCUGGGGCCGGUGUCACCUCUGACAAAGUAUGGGAGAAGGUGGUGAGAGCGGAGUCUGACGAUAAACGCAACAUACAGCUGGCUUUCAAAGGGACGACGCAUACCAGAAAGUUGGAUGUGAGUCGUAAGGAGCGGUACUACUGA